AUCACGUGGCGAUAUGCUACAACCCUCUCGGGGUCGCCUCGCAACAACGAUUUCCUUGUGUUGUGUUUUCACGAAGAAAGCGGCUGUUAUAAGGGAGGAAACACCAAAGACAGAAUUAUCUGCAAGUCUUUUAUAAUUCACUUUUGUGUGUUUAUGUGCCUGUUUGCCUCUUGUUUUAGUGGGUACCAGUUCGUGACAGGCGAACAAACUAGCUAGGUGCUGGCUUGCUAGUCAGUUAGCCAGUGUGUCAAGCCUGAUCCAGCUGACCGAAUUGAACAUCACAUAAUACGACUGUACGAGACACAUCUGAUCCGACUCAGAAGAGCAGAAAUGCCGAUCAAACACAUGUCAUGUUAAUUUAAAAACACUUUGUCGCUUCGGAGCCGUUGCUGUUAUUACGCGGCUAACGUUAAUAGGUUAACGUUAGCUGACUUUACCAGCCGUGUUGCUGUUGUUGUUGUUGUGCACAUUUAAUAACCGCUGGUUUGUUCUGAUCGGACUGUGUUGGAGAAAUGGGUUCAAUUCUUAGUCGAAGAAUCGCUGGUGUUGAAGACAUCGACAUCCAGGCCAAUUCUGCUUACAGAUAUCCUCCAAAAUCAGGAAACUAUUUUGCCAGCCAUUUUUUCAUGGGAGGAGAGAAGUUUGACACUCCUCAUCCAGAGGGUUACCUUUUUGGAGAAAAUAUGGAUCUCAACUUUCUUGGUAACCGCCCAGUGCAGUUUCCCUAUGUUACUCCAGCACCCCAUGAGCCAGUCAAGACAUUGAGAAGUCUUGUCAACAUCAGAAAAGACUCGUUACGAUUGGUCAGGUAUAAAGAUGAUGCUGAUAGUCCUACUGAUGAAGGAGCAAAACCAAGGGCCUUAUAUGGAGUGGAGUUUACCUUUGACUCUGAUGCACGAGUGGCCAUCACUAUCUACUGUCAGGCUUUUGAGGAGUUCUCCAAUGGGAUGGCAAUAUACAGCCCAAAAACCCCCACAUUGGUCUCUGAAACCGUAUAUUACAAAAGAGGGGUUAGCCAGCAGUUUACCCUGCCAUCCUUCAAGAUCGAUUUCUCUGAAUGGAAGGAAGAAGAUCUCAACUUUGAUUUAGACAGAGGUGUUUUUCCCAUUGUGAUUCAGGCUGUGGUUGAUGAAGGAGAUGAUUGUUUGGGACAUGCCCAUGUACUGCUGGCAGCAUUUGAAAGACAUGUUGAUGGCAGUUUCUCAGUCAAACCUUUGAAACAGAAACAAAUAGUGGACCGUGUCAGCUACUUGUUACAGGAGAUAUAUGGAAUUGAGAACAAGAACAAUCAAGAGACAAAGCCAUCCGAUGAUGAGAACAGUGACAACAGCAACGAGUGUGUGGUGUGUCUUUCAGAUCUGCGGGACACUCUGAUUUUGCCCUGUAGGCACUUGUGCCUGUGUAACUCCUGCGCUGAUACUCUGCGCUACCAGGCCAACAAUUGCCCGAUCUGCCGACUGCCAUUUCGAGCUCUUCUUCAGAUUCGAGCUGUAAGAAAGAAGCCUGGAGCGCUUUCUCCUGUUUCCUUCAGCCCAGUGCUGGCUCAGAGCAUGGAUCACGAUGAGCACUCAAGCUCAGACUCUGUUCCCCCUGGGUUUGAGCCCAUCUCGCUGCUAGAGGCUUUGAACGGUCUUGGUGCCGUGUCCCCCGGCCUUCCAUCUGCACCUCUGUAUGACGAGAUCAACUUCUCUGGGAGCCUGAGUGGAGAGAGCAGGCAGCUGAGCUCACCUGACCACUCUGGAGACAGCGGCGGACAGAAGAGCAAAGUCAGCAAGUCACCAGACAGCACUCUACGCUCUCCAUCGUCACCCAUUCAGGAGGAGGAUGAAGAAAAACUGUCUGAGAUGUCUGAUGCACAAGCUCACAUGCUGCUGUCCAGCAGUCCUGCCCCCACUGAGGGUACAGCUGGGGAGGAUGCCCCUGAUUCACUGUCUCCUGAAGAUGAGGAUCGAUUAAAUUUGGAGGAAGAGGUGAUGAAUGACUGCAGCAGUGAGCACAGCAGCCUUACCAAAACUGAAAGUGACCCACCUGGAGACUUGUCCCUCCCCGCUCUAGGUCCUGAUUCCUGCUCUAUUGGUUUGGAAGAGUAAUGGGAUUAUCUGGUUCAAUGGAAAGUCUGAACACUCAGAGUACUUGCUGCUCCAGUCAGCCGCUCCUGGGUCCCUCAAGCCAUUUGCACAUGGACGAUGAUGAACUGGAUGUUUAACCCUGCCCAUCUCCUUCUUUGUACAGCCGAUAUGUCUCCACAUUGCAGUUUGAAUAUGAUUGACUCUUGUUCCAGGCCUUUUGUUUUUUAACGCAACUGGCUGAGGCCGAUGAGCUUGUUCUGGUGGUCUGUUAUAUUUCUUGUGCUUGGAUUUAGGGCUCUAUUUUAUCAAGUUGCUUCACCAAAAAUCACCUUUACAUUAUUCAAACUCUGCCUUGUUAUCUUUGCUCCAUGAAUCUCUAAAGAAGUUGAUUUUAAAGUACUUGGUAGGCUCCAAAAAACAGUCAAAUUACUACAUAUAAGUAAUCAAGUCUUCAGAAGCCAUAUGAAAUAUUUGCGAUGAACAGACCAAACUCUAAAACAUCUAAUAAUAUUCCUCUCAAUUACAAAAUGCCUUCGUGGUCUACUUUUAUCAAACUUUUGGAGCUUCACAAUCCAUCGUUUCAUGGAAAAAGAUAAAAUACAGGUUUAGAAUGAUGAUCAUUUUCUUUAGUGAAAUGGUAGAUGGUUGUUGCAGAUGAAAUUCCUGCUUAUUUCUGGAUACACUCUUAAAAAUGAAGUGCUUUUUAGUUCUGUGAAGAACUUUUAACAUCCAAGGAAACUUAGCAUUGCACAAAAGGUUCUUCAUAGUGGGGAAAAAAGGUUCUCUAGAUGAUUAAAAUGUUCUUCACAUGAAGAAAAACAUUGUUUUAUGAACCGUUCUUUGAAGAACUACUUCUAUGUAUUUUUAAGAGUGUAGUUGAUGGUGAAGCAGGUAGUUUCAGUGCUUGGUUAUGUAAUGCUGAAUAUAGAGCUUUGAUCCAGGACUUGAUUCUAACACUAAUAUACAUACAGCAGCUUAUAGGAUUAAUAGACAAAGCACAUUUCAGGAUAUAUGUACGAGUAAACAUAAAACUCAACAAAUGAUCAUGUGUUAAACUAAAGAGUGAAUAAUACAGAAAUAUAAUUGUAACUGUGCAUUUGAAAUGUUUUUAGUAAGUGCUUAAAUGUCCUGAACUUAUUUUUGUGUGUGCUAACUGAAGAUGAGCAGUCAGAAAAGCACUUCUGAAUAUAUAUAUAUAUAUAUAUAUAUAUAUAUAUAUUCCUGAUUUCAAAUGUAAUAUUUAUAGUGAUCAAAUACUGUUGGAAAUGGUGGACUUGUCAGUUUAAUGACCAAAUAUUGUGCGGUAUAACAGUGCUUUAAAUGUGCUUGCUUGUUCAGCUAUUUAUGCUCUAAAACUUUAAGGACUAAAAAAAGCCAUGGUGGACUGUCUUUACCUCUUUAUUUGCUCAUGAAUAUUGUAAUAUGAUUCUUAAAUACUUAAACAUGUGAAGGCAUUCCUUUCUUGUGUCAGUUCAGAUGUUAUCGAAUCAUUGAAUCAUUUGACAGGUCGGUUGUAUUUCUUCACAGAUGGACCCGUAUUUCUAAGACAGGAAAGAAAAGCUCAAUGAACAAGUCACAAGAAGCAUGAAAUCUCAUUGUUCUCCUCAAACAUGCAGAUAUGCGGUGUCUUGUAGCAUUAUGCAUAGAGGUUUAUGUGCCUUUAAAGAACAAAGCAAGUGUUGCUACAGCUUUUCUUGUGUUCAUUGGCUGUAACCUGUAGCCUUGACUACAUUUAUGCAUUAGAUGUGAGACUGAUGUUUUUGUUUGUGUGUAAUGUCCAUUUUGGAGAGCAGAUCAUUUUAAACUGAUACUCUGUAGGUCGAAAGGUAUUGCUUAUACAAAUUUUGUUAUGCAAUAAUACUUAACAUGAUUUUUAUUAUAUCAUCUGUUAAUACCGAUUAAACUGCUCUGUACAUGUAUUUUAAUCAAAUGAAAAAAAAAAAAAAAAGAUUAUUGAUGGUGUUGAAUUAAUUGCUUACAGCUCUGCAUGGUAAUAUUGAUGUAAGAUUUAUCACUGCUCUGGAAUAUGCAUAUUAUUUAUUUCCUCAAAUAAUGUGCCAUUUCAAUUAAAUAUUCCACCGUG